AGAGAUGCUGAAGAGUUUCUCUCUGCCGAAAGUGUGUGGACGAAUCACAAACUAGUACCUUCUGCGCGUGCGUGUGUUUAAACGUUGGCGCGAUCUGACUUCAUAUCCCUUUCUGAAAUAUAUAUUGAUCAAUCCCAUAAAAAACAGGUAGGACAGAAAUGAAUCACUGUGAGCUUGAAGAAGUGACACAACAUAUUAACAACAAAAUUUCCAUGAUUAAAAGACUCCUGGAGCUUCGAGCUGUUGCAAAAGAUCCAGACAAACGGGGGACCCUUCUCAAAAUUGAGCAAGAAGUCACUGCCAUCAAUGAGCUUCUUGAUCGCUUUGAGAGAUAUGUGGGCCAGCAGAGAGACUUGCUGAAGCAUUUGAAGGAUCUAGAAGGGUUUUUCCAGGAGGACGUACAGGAUGCCCAUCACCUCAAGAACAACACCCCUCCGCACAUGCCCAAAAGAGGCCAACAAGCAGCUCCGCAAGGAGGAGGACAGGUGGCAGUUCAGAGCAGGCAGACAGAUGCGCCUCCCGCCCCUCAGGAACAGGUGCCGCCCAGAAAACCUCAGCGCAACCAGAUCAAAGAGAUGGAGUUCAUUACCGUCCCAGAGUUUGACAGCAUACCACCGUACAUGAAAGGCCGUGUGACGUAUGACCAGCUGAACGCAGCAGUGCAAAGCAUCAACACAACUGUGACUGCAAAAUAUAAGAUCCUCCAUCAGUCAGUCAAAACCAUGAACAACGUGUCCCGCUCGCUCCACCAGCGCUUUAAAGACCAAGAGACAAAGGACACCAAGGGUCAGUUUUUCAUCGUUGAGCAAGACAUCAGAGAGUUCGCCCAGUUGAAGGUGGACAAACGGUUUGUGGGCAUGUUGAACAUGCUACGCCACUGCCAGCGUCUGAAGGAGGUCCGAGGCGGUGGUCUCACACGUUUCAUCCUGCUCUAAGGGUCAUAGAUGGCCACAUCACUUUGAAUGGAGUUUUAAAAGGCACCGUGCACUAAGGAAUAUGUUUGUUUGAGAGCUGUUUGUCGUGGAAUGAUCUUCAGCAUCCAAAUUGUUUGUCAAAUCAUUAUUAUGUACAUUAAAACCUGACCGAGAGAUGGAUUUAUGUGUAAAAUACGUUCUGUUAUUAACUUACCUAAAGAAACUUUCACAUUUUUAUCUACAACAUAAAUUACACACAGUUAAACAUCAAAUGUUGAAACCGUCGUGUGCUCAAAUCUAACACAAAAACUCAUUAUUUUGCUGAACAAAUGUCUCUUCAUUUAAUGUCAACAGACUUAAUUUACUCAUAAAUCCUGUUCUAAAAACCCAUUAGAUAUUCCCAGGAGCACCGCAUGACGAAUUUGCAUUCCAGAUCGGCCUACAAAUUGACAUUGUGAAUACACAGUUGAUGUUGUAGAUGGGUCACUUUAUCUGUGAUGAUGGAAUUAUAAAUUGAUUGCUGUAUUAUUUAUAUUGGUGGAAAGUGGAAAAAUAUUGGAGCUCAAAUAAAAUUGUAGUAUUAACCACA